UUCAAAAUGAACCAAGUUGUUUCAAUGCUUGCUUCCCUGCUGCUUACGCUGACAGCAAUGGUGACACAAUGCCACUGCGACGACUGCGACCCAACCGAGAUCGAAAAGUAUUUCGAGGAGCCUCCCGAUGCGUGGAAGCUGGUGGGAGACUUCCACGAUAUAUUUUAUCUCGUGUAUCACUCAAAAAAUAUUGAAUUCGAUAAAGAUCAUUUUUGUUUGGGUGCACUCAGAAUUUCAAUUAACUCUCAAGAGAAAAACGCUCAGUACAUAUUUUAUUACCGGAAUAAUUCCCAAAGCGUAACAGGAUUUGUAAAUGUGGAAGCUCGAAAGAGCGAUAAAGCAUAUGAAAAGGAAAAUUAUUUUCUUGUGGUAGAAUCAACGGAUGCGGCAAAAAAAGAAGCACGUCCUGCCAAACAAUCAAGUGGAAAAAGGGAAGGACAGAUUUACCAGUUGCUUUUCACCGACUACAAAUCAUGUGCUGUUCUGAAAUCUGCAUACUUGGGGGUUCAAGUAUGGGUAACGGAUAGCCACUUGAAAAAACACAAUGAUGUGCCAUAUGGAUGUUCUUUGGCUUAUGAUUUGAUGGCCGACCAAAACAAAACCAUCGCGUAUGACUGGAGCAAAUGUGGUGUUUUCAAACAUACCGAGCUAUAG